CACUUGGCUUCUUUUUGCCUUAAUCGACAGCGUCGUAACACCGAAUCCUUUAUUGUUACACAUCUAGACCUUACUUUUUAUAUAUAUAUAUAUAUAAAUAUAUAUAUAUAUUCAGUUAUGAUUUCAUGUCUACCAACCCACACGACCAUAAACAAUCCCCGAUUAAGACGAACCUUAUGGAACUCAAUAUUCAAUAUCAAGUUUAUUGCAUCCCUAGUAAUAAUAGUCAUCGCAACAUUCCUCAUCGCAUGUCGACUCGAAGCUAAUGCUAGGGUAUUCCCACAAGAGUGGGUCUCACCUCGACAACCACAAAUCAACUAUCCACUUUCAAACUGUCUCAAUCUACCAAAUAAUAGUCCAUACCGUCAUGGCCAAGCAAGCCACACAAUUUCGAUUACACCAGGAGUUCCUCUUUGGAGAGCAGACACUUGCUACGAUUUUGCAGGUCUCAUCAAACCCUCUAUCAAACCAGUCCUACAGGAUACUAUCUUUCAUACCUAUUGGUCUACAAAUAUCACUGGGUUUGGCGACAAACAGCUGGAUACAUUGAGAUCUUUUGUAGCUACUCAGAACCCUAACAGUACAAAAUUGUUUGUCUGGGUCCCAUCCACAGACACCAAAGCCCUGGUAUUCUCAGCCCAAUGGAAAAUGGCCCAGGAACUGGCGCCUAAACGCAUAGAAUACCGAACUAUUGAUCACAAAGCACUCACCCAAAAUACCCCUCUCGCUGAUUACGUCGAUGACUGGAGAAACCAUGUCUAUAACACACAUACUAAUCAGGACAUGCUUCUGAGGCUCUUGGUACUCAGUCAAUAUGGUGGUCUCUGGUUUGAUAUGGAUACCCUACUGGUACGAGACAUGGGUCCUUUAUUGGAAUAUGAAUGGAUAUCACAGGGUGACUGCAAAACAUCUAUGGAAGGAAACCCAUUCGAUGGCGGUUUACUGCAUUUCAAGAAACAAUCCCCUUUUGUCUGUGAGAUGCUGGAAGUCGCUGUUGACCAAUUCAAUAUCAUCAAACAAACGAACACCCGAUUUCCCGUGGAUAAUAGCCAAGCCAAGCUAUUAAAACUCACAGCAAACACGCCAGAGACAUUUGGGGCCCAGUUAUAUUAUGGUGUUUAUCGAAAUAUACUCCACCAUCACAUCAAACCCUGGUCAAGUCUGCCUUGGUGCUUUACUGACGGAACAAUGUGCAAUUCAGCUAAUGCCUUGCCCAAGCUUACCUCUGAAUCAAAGGUUGAUAGUCGACGGAUAUCACAGAUAUUUGCCUAUCGUUGGCAUGGCAAGUGGACUUCACAACCUGGUGCCCUUUACCGCUAUAUUACACACACACACCAAAAAAUUACAUCAUAAAAAUCUUGCAUCAUCUUUAUCUUUCAAGAAGAUAUCUUCCCUUGUCAUUAGCACACAUUAACACACAACAAAAGAAACCAACCUGAAUGUAGUCCCCUCUUCUGUACUUAUUUGUUAUACAUAGAAUAUAUAGAGGGCCAUACUCGGCUCUCUUCGUAAUCCUAGCAUAGACAAUAUAUAUAUAUAUAUAUAUAUACGUUAUAUUCUGCCUUCUUUUAAUUUAUAUAUAUAUUAUGUUUAUAUCAUGAGGAUACAAAG